CAACUCGAUUGGUUUUGCCUGUCGAUGACUGUAGUUGUUUUGGUAAAAUGGUCAGACUCCGUCUACAGUGAUCUGUCAGAUGAGGUUUCUGGCACCAGAGUCCUUGAUUCAUCAUGGAUGCCUGUGCUAGAAUCAAAGGGAUACCUUUAAAAAGUCGCGCCACUUUCAGAAAAGAGACUGUCCGUGAAAGUGCAGCAGUGUGUGUUAAAAAGCUUCUGAAGAACAAGAAGGAGCUUUGCAGUGUACUUCUGGAGUUUCAGCAUACCAGAAGCACACAGCCCUUGGCAGAGGUCCACUUUGUAUGUUUACCAAGUCACAACGAAGAGGAGGAUAUUACAAGGAUUCUGCCAUGUAGCCCCACUGAUGUUGCAGACUUGCUGAGGUCCCUGCAUGUGCAUAGCCUAAAAAAUGAAGAGGUCUUGCUUCUUAAAGAGUCCAAGAAGCUCCUGGAACAGAAGGAAGGUCUUUCACAGACGAGCUCGAUCAAAGCGGUGUGUAUAUUCAGGCACAGUCCUGCUGCCCAGAUCAACGUGCCCACGCUCCUGGGACUGCUCAGCAGGUACACUGCAGGCAUCAAGUAUGCCUUGGAGCUCCAGUCCCUGAAGAGAGGGACGGCACCAUCAGGUCAAGCAGAGGAUGACGACACUAACCAUUCGGUUUCGUCCAUUGAAGAGGACUUUGUGACUGCGUUUGAGCACCUAGAAGAGGAGGAGAAUGCAGACAGUCCACGUUCUCCCUCCUAUGGUCUGCAAACCCAGCGAAUGUAUGCUUCCGAGAGAGUUUCAAGGAAUUGCAAAGAUGCCUCACGUCCUCAUGCGAAGGUCGACGCUUUUAUGAAGAACAGCACAAGGACACAGAAGCAUUCCCUUGAGACAUCCAUUCCGGAACAGUCGGGUGCCACAGCAACCAUUUCAGGACAUAGGACUAGCUUGUGUAUGCCUGACAUCCCCCCCCUCCAAGACCAAAACACCUUGCACUCCAUGACUGAGUCAGAUGACUCAGACUGCUCCAGUCCCAGCCCCAUCAUUUUCUUAGAUGAAGUGGAUUAUCAAAAGAGUAUGAAGGCGAAGCUUCAGAUUCCCAAGGUUCCUGUCCUCAAGGAUGGUGUGGAGGACUCUGACUCUGAGGUCAGUGAAUUUUUUGACAGUUUUGAUCAGUUUGAAGACUUGGACCUAUUACUUCAACCCAUCGUCAAGGUGUCAAACGCUCAACACAUUCCUGGUCAACCGCAGAUGAAGUCUCACUCAGCUAUGAACCCUCACAAAUUUUACCAUCCUGUUCUGCCAGACAACAUUAGGAAGCCAACCCCCCUGAAGCCAGGCUUCCACUCGGAUGCCCCUGACUCCCCGCAGCCAGUCAGGCGAUCCCAUGUUGAGAAUGGAGCACUGUUUAGUCCCGUCUGCUCAUCUGCAUUUAUGCCUCUGGGUGAAGUAGUUACGCAAGAGUAUUUCUGGAAAUCAGAUGGAGACAUUCCAGAACUGUGUAAACCACAUGAUCUGUGUUCGUUGUAUAAGACUUAUUCGGAUUUUGCAAGCAACCUGUCAAAGGAAAUUCUCGGAUCUGUGUACGGCAGUUCAUCAUCUGUCAUCGAUUUGAACGUCAACAACAAUUUGAGCUGCGUUUGUCAUAAAGAAUUUACGAGCACCUCUGGACAUUUGAUGAAGUUGUCUGACAUACAAGACACGCUAACAGUUGCCAACAAGUCAAGACCGAAAUAUCAGUCGCUCAAAGACGGAAUUCAGAAAUUCGCCUCAGAUCUGGUAGAGAUGAGCGUCGGCAGUGCCUUCAGAGAUAUCCAGAAAGGGGUGUCCUCCUGUACGACGACUCUUUGCCGAUUAGCGGCAAGGCUAACUUCGUCAGUGUUCCAGAUGGCCUUUCAUGAGAUAGGCAUGCGUCACGCCUACGUGUUAAAACAGCGUGCCGUAAACGGACUGGCGGGCUUUCUCGUGGGAGAAGCCGUGUCGGGGGCACUUAAAGAAUUCUUAUGUUUGAAAAGUCAAGUUUUUAACAACACUGUAAAAAAGUUUGCCACCGACUUAGCCGAAGAAUUAGUAUUUGAGGGCAUGAUGGAAGUCUGUCAGUUUUCGCAUCCCUCUACGCCGCUUACUUCAAAAAUGUAUUCCUUUGAACAAGAGGAGGAGGUUUUCUCCUCGUAUGCCACAGACCUCUCAGAAUCUGUCCUGCAGGAGGCAUUUAUAGAACUGUCACAAGCUGACAUAGCAUUUGCAACCCAAGCAGCCAUUAGUGUCUCUGCGUGCCAUGUUGCUUCUGAGAACAAGCAAUCCCAAACAAUAUUUUCUACAACCGACAAUUAUCCUGAAUUUCAAGGCCUUCAGCAGCCAUGUGAUCCAGAGCAGGAUGACUGCACCAUCCAGAAAGCCUUGUUAUGCGUGUCUGGAAUGGCUAGUUGUCUCUCAGUGCCUGUGGCUGGAAAAGUCAUCUCUAAUUUGCCGGAUACGGAGUCAGAUAGCACUAGCACUAGCGUUGAGGGAGAGUCAGUUUCUUUGGCAGGACUACCACCAGAUAACACUGUGACUACAAGAACAACAGGCACCAAUAGCUCGGCUACAACCGAAACAGUGGUAGGCAAAAUGGCAAGGGAAGCAACCCCUAAUGUAAACAGUAAAGUGAGAAACUGUGCGUCCUUCCUGAAUAAAUCUGUGGGUUGUCAGAGUUCUGAGAAUAACAUCUUUACACAGCCAGUCGCAAAUACUGUGGGGAAAGAAACCUGCAAUCGCACUGCCCAACAUCAGGUGCCAAUUCAUUUUGUGAUCUCAGACACUGAUCCUGUUAUGACCAUGGAUACUAUACAAAGACAUGCCACGUCUGCUGGAGAUGGCAAAGUAAUGGUGGAGGAAAUGCUUCAUGAUCCCGAUAAAAAGACAGCUGGUCCAAAUGCAUCAAGUCACAAGUCGCAAGAACCUCCAGAAGUCUAUAAAGAAAGAAAUAUACGGCCAAAAUGUUCCAAAAAAUUCAACGGCAAGUUCACUGAUAGGAUUUCCCCUUUAGCGCCUCCGUCAACUGCAAGUCGCCUUCCUUUAAGUGAAGUUAAUUCAGAUUGUCAAAAAACAGGCCUAACACGUGCUAGAUCUUUGUCUGAUGAGGCUUCUGAGAAUGAGGUGAUGGAAGAUGUCCCACAAGGGCGUCCUUCAAAUGCAGUAGAUGUUGACGAAUCAGAACAUGGUAACACCCCUGAGGACAAUUUGAUAGAUAAUGGAGCUCUCCACUAUGCUGGGCGGUUAGCAUGCCAUAUUGUUUCUCUAGCAACUGAAAUGGAUUCCAUGGGUUCGAAGGAUGCCUUGAGGAACUGGCACUGUGAAACGAAAGAUGUUUCGCACAGUGCAAACUUUUCAGAGCCGACGUUAAACGUUUUAUGGACGUAUGCUGGGGAGAUUGCAGGAGAAGUCGUAAACGACGCAAAGAAAUUGAUGUCAAGUCAUUCGCCCCACAAAGAUGACCAAAAAAGCAGACUAAGUUUACCAACGACUCACGAUUGCAACACUGGAAGGUUGAGUAGUAUUUGUGGUCAGUGGGCAAGAGAUUGCCUUCCAUCAAGUGUCAGCGCUCAUAGCAGCUGCUCCAGUGAGACGUCGCCUAGCAGUGAGAGUGUGUCGGAUGAGUAUGCGGGGCACCUCAUUAAAGUUUUGAAGAGACGCGGCGGCAGUAGAGAGCUCAUCUUGGAUCAGUAUGCCAGUCAGCUGGCUAACAGAUCGAUAAAGGCUGGACUCACUCAUGCAGCCCACAAAUUAAAGCAGAACUCUCCCCUGAGGCUUUAUCCCUUAAGACACCCACACUGCAGUAGUGGCAACAGACAAUCUACUUUGUGCAGACUGCCAUCAUCUCAAGUAUCUCCGAGUAAAGUUCCUGUUAGUAAAGUGUGCUCAGUCAGUAGUACAUCAUCACAAUCUAUUCAUAAUGGGCAAAACGAUGGUGAAGAGUAUAUGGAUCUUGUCAACUUGGCAGAAUCGUUGGCAUGCAGUAUUACGUGUGAUGUUACAAGAAAGCUCCGAGUGUCCUCUGUGUGCUUGCCAAAAUCACUGACUGACUCCUGCCUGUACCAAAAGACUAAGCUUGAGAACAUGGCAGAUCAAUUCACAAAAACGGCUUUUUCGUGUGCUGUGUUGCCCGACACCGAAAGACUCCGACAGUAUCACAGCACUGGCAGCUUGAAUGAAGGUUGCUACAACAAUGACAUAUUGCAAGUCAUUGAUCAUUAUGCCAAAAGAAUUGUGAACGACACAUUGGAAGUCACUUUAGGGACGGUUGCCCAGCAGUCUGGAAAGCAAAGAACUGUUGAACAUAUUGUGUGUAGUGCAGAAACACUGAUGGAUGCCGAGGACAAGGCCACCUCGAGAUCAUGUUACGUUGGCAAGGAUAGUGACUGCUUGUGUUAUGAUGCAAAGACUGCCGAAUGCCACUGCCACCGUGUGCAGAGCAGACAUGUGCCGUGCCCCGAUACAUUCAUUGGACUUGAAAUUCCCAAGAUCCAUAUUCAUUUGGAUAGGAGAGCAGUGUUUGCAGAAGACAUGGUAUCAACGGCCAUGGUGAAGGCCUCGAAAGAACUGAGCAGCACCAGUCUGAAUGCAGACAGUGGAAUCGGUCAUGACGGAGCAAGUUUCGCGGAGAGCCUCACCACUGAGAUCAUGACGUCAGCGCUGUCUAAUGUCAGCCAAACCAUCAAUUUGAGCAUAUCGGGAAAGGAAGGGGUCAAUGAAACGGAAUCGACGUUGAGUCAGCAGCUGAGUUUGAGCGUUGGAGAUGACAGCCUUGGCAGCUGGUCCAACUUGAGUUUCGAGGAUGAGCAAGCGGACGAGAGCAGCAGCUUCUUUCAUCUGAGUGACAGCAAUGGGAACAGCAGCAGCUGGAGUAGCCUGGGGCUGGAGGGCGAGGUGUAUGAAGAGCAUCUUUCCUUCUCCCCUUCAGACAGUGACGGCACAGAAGAUAAGGAAUUGGAGAACAAGGAAGAAUUAAGUGGAGGCGUGUCGUGCGUAGCAGCAGGAGGGGAGAGGGCUCUGCUGGUGAUCAACACGGAGCUGCGUGAGCCGGGCCUGGACCCCCAGCUGAGGAGCCUGCUGCAGUGGGUGGCCGCUUCCAUCGCAGAGCUGCCCGUCCUACAGCUCAGCCAGCCCCAUAGCAAAGAGCUGCAGCAGCUUCCAGAGGUCAUGCAGAAGGUUCAGGAGCGGCAGUGGCGCAUAGGAGAGCUGCUGCAGGCCCUCCUGAAAUACUACGAGGAGCUCCACGCCAAGCACCCGGCAGCCAGCCACAGUACGCCGCCCGGAUCCAUGUCUCUGUUUCAGUGGCUUAUUGAACGUGCCUAGUAGCUUUCACUUUCUUAAACGUUGUCAUGUUUUGUUUUGCUCAGCAUGCGUAGUGCUGUACGCUUUACAAGUGGAGGAGACUCGCUCACACUAUAAUCGCCUCAUGGUUCUCAACAGUUCUUAACUGGGUGCUGAAUCCCACAUAAAUCCUCAAUGAAUGAAUGAAGGAAGCGAAGGAUAGCACUACUCUUUCGCCCGUGGGCGAAUAAACGAAGAAAAAAAUCUGAAGAGUGCUGUCCUUCGCUUCCUUCAUUCAUUGCUGUCUGAUGGCUUUAAAAGGCUGCUGAGAUUGGUCAGUGUUGCUACAUCCCAGUACUCUGCUGUGAUGGGCAGCUUGGUGGUAACUGCAGGUGUUUUGUAGGCACACUAUGGGUGCAUCCCAAUAUGUGACCUUGCCUCCUCCACUUGCCUCCUCCACUUGCUUCUCGUCAUGAUGACAUCACUGACAACAGCAUUAUAUUUCAAUAUCUUGCAAAAGCUCAAUUGUAAAGUCUUUUUCUCAUUUGCAAUUGGGAUGGUGAAUGAAAAACAGUCCCUCAAAAGUUGUUGUGGCGAGGCUGACAGCUGGGAAACUUUAUCGUUUUCUCCACGGAGGAGGGGCCAGGAGGCGGGACGAGGAGACAAGCACAAGUGGAGGAGGCAAGGACACAUAUUGGGAUGCACCCUAUGGUGUGCGUGUGUUCAACAUUACAACAUAGUGCCACCAGGGUGCGCCAUAGGAGCUGCUGACAUGACUGCACAGCUUGUAAAUACAGUAGUAUGAUUUUCACCAUGGAGAGUAUUUUCGCAGAAGUUUUGUUUGUUUUGUUUUGUUUUAAAUCAUUCGAUGUAAUGUUAGCAUACCUUUCUGUCGUGUACCAAUCCACCGCCUCUGAACACUGUGCUGUUGUGCACUGUUGUGGUUUUUGUCAAGGAAACCUCACAGCCCGAAGCGAGAUGAAGUCACACCAAUACCUUUCCUUUGUUUUGAUGUUUCCAUUCACUAAGGGAUUAUCCAAGCAAAUUACUCUCAGUUUUCUUUUUUUUCCCCAGAAUACUAGCUUGAAGUUGAAAUGUCUGAAAGGCGCUGUUUGGCAAAGCAGAGUCUAUGUUACAAUGGCAUUUUAAUUAUUGUAGUGAAUAUGCAAUCUUCACUUGGCUAUCGAUGAAAAUGUAUUUUGCGUGUUGUGUUGUUGCAGUGCUGCUUAGGACGUUUGCCACCAGAUCCUCAAUGGCACUUGAGCGUAUCCCUGCAAUGAACCCUCUCAAAUCUCAACAUGUGUUUUGCCAUGCAUAGUUACUUUGUCACCUCAACUGUACAGUGAGUGUACUUACAGUGUAAAGAUGUGAUAUUUAAAGCUUAACAUUACCACAGACAUCUAAAUAUGUCACUGUCUUACACUUCAUGUUAACCAAGGCACUCUGUUGCCUUCCUUCAAUGAAAGCAACACAUGUACACACAGUAGGUGUCCAAAAACUCGUCCAUUUUCUUUUUUAGAUUACAAACGGCAUCAGUUUCAAGUAUUCCUAAUGGGUUCAAAUUCUGUAUUGAUGGUCCAGCCUCAAAGGGAGCAUACACGCCCUCAGAAUAGGCUGAUCUAGCCUUCCAUAUAUGCUGUCGCAGUUACAGCAACUAACAUUUCGUGCCAUAUUUGAUCUCUGCAAAUGUACAUGGAUUAAAUGUACAAACUAUACC